ACUGUGCACCCUUGAGAGACAUCUUUUUUAAUUAUGACAGGAAUCUAAAGAUAUCAUGAGCUGUCAGACUGAUAUUGUAUAACUUUCUUUGCAUUUUUCUUUUUUUGUAUGGGCCAGAUAAUCAUGAAUGGGACAUGGCUGAGUCGGAGGUUUUGAAGGCAAGGUAUGAACACUGCAGAUUUGUAACAAAGAGCUGCCUCCAGAGCCUGUGGGUGUUUGGGGGUGCACAGCAGACUGGAGAUCGCAACUGUAUCCAAAAUGUACAACUGGCAGACAGUAACCCUCGCUGGAAUGUAGUGACAAAUGGGACACCACCUAGUCUCAGGACAUACCACACCACCUCAGCCUGCCUUGGGGACCGGCUUUUUGUGUUUUCAUGUCGGGAAAUAGGAUCUGCACCUGCCUCAUACUCCAAACUUCAUGACUUUGAUAAGGGGAGCAUGAAGUGGGAGAAAGUGCAGGCCAAAGGAGAUAUUCCACCAGGAGUAGCUGCCCACUCAGCUGUCGUGCUGGCUCUACUACCAAAACAUCUAUGUGCAUAUUUGCCUGGACAGUGUGUGAUGAGGGAAAUCCACAGGAGGAGAAAGCCAACAGACCGGCACCCUCUAAGGCAACAAACCUGUUAUUUGUAUUGGUAAAUGGACUGGUUCUUAAAUAGCGCUUUUCUAC